AUGGCCAUUGAUCAUCUUGGCAUUCGGGUCCCGCCCAGCAUGUUUUCCGCUACCCUCAAAUUUUAUCUAUCUGCCCUAAAGCCGUUUGGCUACAAAGAGAUGAUGAGGCCGGUCGAAAACUGUGUUGGCCUCGGUGUCUACCGUCCUGACUUCUUUAUCACUGCCGACCACGAAGUCCAUACUAACCAAAAAGUACACCUCGCUUUCAAAGCCGAAAACCACGCCAUCGUUGAUGGCUUUUAUUCCGCCGGUAUUGCAGCUGGUGGCACUUACAAUGGACCCCCAGGGCCACGGCCUGAAUACAACCAGCCCUCCUAUUACGCUGCGUUUGUUUUCGAUCCUGUCGGCAACAAUAUUGAGGCUUCAUAUGAAUAG